AUGGUAGACAGUAUGUGUACAUUAUCUUCUCUAGAAGUUACUCGAAAUCCGUUCGACAGUAACCAAGAAGAACGAGUGAACUGUCCAGGUUUCAGUCCUUCCAUGUUCCGUAAGCAAGAAACCCCAGCAAGUCAAAAGGUGAGUAUAAAUUUAGAAUUCCGCGGGAUGAAUCACUAAGAUUUACUCAUCGCGUUCUUUCACCUUACAUCGAUUUUGUUUAUUUAAUCUUCAUAGAAAUCAAGAUCUUUUAGAUGGUCAAUAGAUCAGAUUUCCCGUUUGGUAAGUUCGCCCACUGAUACACUUACCGUCCACUAUCCAAUCAUUUGCAGAUCUGAUCCGCGGUUUGUAUUUACCAGUAAGCUUAUUGUUAUCAUUUAGUUUUAAUUCCUCUUAUCCUUUUAGACUUUCAAACCAAUUUUAAGCCUAUAUCUCACUGACGGUCAUUUUUCUAGAAGAUCGUACAAAAAGCGCGCGGGCUGAGAAAGCAGUGGAACCCGGUGCGAUUUGUUUGCGAGCUGGCACAGGAUCGAUAUUGAAGGCGGCCCUCUCGCUGUAGCUCGCUGCGUUUACAUGGCUAUCAGUUUCCCGGCCUUCUUCGUCUAGCGAACAGAUGCCUGUUUUGCGGGUUCUAUUGUGGGGAUGGAGCAAUUCUCUCUGAUUCUCUCCACUCUCCAUUUACCGCCACUCGAUCUCCAUUGUAUUGUCUACAUGUAACUCUAUCUGAUCCCCUGGGAAAGUUGGAACUCCCUGGUUUCGUCCAAGAGCUUUCAGCUUGUUUACGGCCUAUUUAUUUCAAUACUCGUUUUUUAGAAUCCAGCUGAUAUUGAUGAAUUUCCAUGUCAAGAGUACAGCAGUACAUUUGAAAGGUUGGUUCUUAUAAAUUAGUUUUCUCAAGAGCCAAUUAAAGCUCGGGAUUAUUAAAAGAAAGAAAGACCGGCUUGAUUUUUUUUGGACCUCUCAUUUUAGCUCUUCCAUAGAUCAGCGUAAAAAUCAAACAAAGGUUCUUUCAAGGCUUGUGAGUUUAUCUAUCAAUUCAUGUUAAUUAACUGUUAUGUUACGUUUUGAGAGGGCUGUCAUUAAGGUUGGAACACACUAAGCGAAACAAGUUGCAGCAACACGUCGGGCGACAGAUCACUCUGUGUGUGUACAGGUCAGGCAAUUAGUUGCAGCAUCACGUUGCGGUGAUCACAGCGACAAAUCAUUUUGUGUGUACUAGAGAAUUUUUUUUGAAAAUCUUUGUCUCUGCCACAAAAUUUUGUUGCCGCAACAAGUCGCAGAAAAUCAAAUCAGUCUGAAUUUGUGCAACUUGUUGUGGCGACAAAAUUCUUUUGCAGAGAAAAAGUUUUCACAAAAAUUCUCCAGUGUACACGAGGCGACUUCUUGCUGCAAUGCAUUGCUGCAACAUGUUGCUGCAACUUGUCGCCUAGUGUGUACCUUUAAGGUUUUAAGUAGAUCAGGUCCUCAGGGAAGGUAGCUGGUCAUAUCCAACAAAUCCACCUGUAUUUGUCAUGUUUGACUAAUUUUCAAACUGAGAGAAGCUGGCUGAUGUUGCAGUAGCAGGCUAAAAAGGCCAGCUGUCAGCUACCAAUGGCUGCUCUGGGCGUGCUGCUGGCACUUUGGAACCCUUGGCCUAUACCAGACCAUGUUCAAUGCUUACUGCAAAUGAUCCCUUUUUUCUUUACCAAAUUCCAUUUGGUUUUCAUUACCUAUCCUAGACUCAACAACUUGAAAACCCUACCCUAGAGAGUAGCACACACCUUUAAAGUCUGCAUAUGGCUGUGCUGCCCCCUCCCUCCCAGGCGUAGCAUUUAUUUCUUGGAAAUGAACCUUAGCAUUAAGAUACAACAGUAGGACUGUCAUUAAGAGCAGGGGGCUGGGGAUUUCCUGGCUACUAUGAGUGUGGCCCCCAGCUACUUUCAUUGGAAAAUGGAAGAAAAAGAGAACCAAAAGAAAUCCCGAGCUGUUUGAUUCCCUGCCUACUGGUACUUGUUGUAUUUACCCAGCAACUUGAAAUCUUAGUGACCACCCUGCAACAGUAUAUUGGGACACUUGCCCUGGGAGGGGGAGUCCAUUAGUUUUGUUUCCCAAGUGGUCACAAUGGAUCAGUGUUGUUAAAGCAGCUAAUGGAAUAUUUUGAUGAGAGAUAGUUUAUAUAAUUUCCUGAUUUUGAAUGAAUCUCAUUUAGGGAAGAGGAUGAAAUUGAAGCACAAAGAGCUGUAGAUGAGGUAGGUGAAAAAAAGAUUUACAACAAAAACCUUUUAACAUUCACACAGUGCAGUGGAGUCCACAUCUUUUAAACCUCCUGGAGAAAAGGGAACUAUUCUGAAUAAUCUGGAGGUUCAACAAAUUUGGAGUACAAAGACAUACGCUGUUUGACUCACUGAUUAAGAGAGAGCAUUUUUGGUUAAAAAUAUCAGGACCUUCGAGAAGCCAACUGGCAAGGGUUUUAGAAAUCAAGAUUCCUCUGUAGUUCCACCAGCAUGAAAUAACUUCAUGCUUCCUGAUCUACGCUGGGAAUUAUCCAUCUCUUCAACAUAUUUGUUCACCAGUCUGAAGUUAUCAUCCUUUGACACCCCAAUUUCUUCCCUGAAUCUUUGCUUCCCUUCUGUCCCAAUGACAUUUCCCAGUUUGAUCACCAGUCUGUUGAACUUAAGAACCAAGCCUCCAAGUCAAAGUUUUUGCUUGGUUGCCAUUUGGCGACCAAUUCUUUUGGUUUAGGGAGACUUUUUUACAAAAAUUUAUCAAGUUGCCAGCUUCAAAAUUUUAGGUACCAUUGCGUCUAAAAUGGUCAGAACUUGGAGGGUUGAGAACACACAUUAGAAGCCUGACUAACCACUGGCAAGUCCAAGCAGUGUCAACAUUACUGGGGUAGCCAGCAUAGCUGGCACAUGAAGUAAAAAGAGUGUAAGAAAGAAGGGGGCACACAAGGAAGACCUGCAAGCUUGCUUCUCCCUUGCAUUUCCUGUUCUUUGUUGCACCAAUAUAACUUUCAAGCGUCUGCUAUGCAAGCUAUGUCAUAAUUUAAAUUUCUUGCCAACUUGUCUUUUUCAUGUUUUAUGUUUCAGUAUUUUUCUCAAAGCUCCAUCGUCCCAUCUCCAUGGACACCAAACCAUGCUGCAAAACAUGUUAAAUUUUCCCCACUGCCGCCAUCUACUGCCUGUAAGUAUGAUCCAAUGAACAGCCCUACAUCAUAACAUGAGACAUCCAUGCAUAACUAGAACCAAGUUGUUGUUGUUUGUGACUCUAGACAAACAAUGUUUUUGCUCACCAUUUUAUUUCGAGUCUUGUUGCUUCAAUGUUGUCUUUUUUUUAUUACAUUAUACCAGUUAUAAGAAAUAUAACAAAGGUAAGUUGCAGUUUUUCUCAGUAGAUUAAAUGUAUGUAGGUCCAGCACCCUGUCUCCAGGGUUCUGUUCUCGAAAUGCCUAGAGGAUAAAAUAACCUGUGUGCAUGGCUUGAAAAAGCUUCGUACCUUGCUGUCGUGACUUUGCUGUGAACUAUCAGUAAUUAUGAAAAAAAAAACCUGACACUUAAGGUAUAGGUCCAGCAACUCUACUGAAUGUAAAAAAAAUUCGUAUCACCUUGUUAUUCACUAUGUAUGUUUUCACGUUGUUUAAUAAUAUAAAAUUAAUACAGUUGAAGCCUAUCGCUAUAUCUUUCACUUUACUCUGAUAGAUAUUGAAGCCAUAAGUUCUGCUGAGUCUUCAUAUUCAUCUCCUAACUCAUCAAGCUGCAAAGUUAAAGUAGAUGGUAAGACAACUGAUUUUCUCAAAUAUCCUUUUUGAGUCAAAAUUACAGCCAACAGGAGAAGGCAAAACCUAAUUGCCAUACCCCCAUCCAACCUUUUCUCUCAACGUUACAGUCUUUUUCAUUUUGAUUAUAUUUUUUUGGUUAUAUUUCAAGAUCACAUGACAUUGUUGGGGGAAUUUGACAUCUCUCUUUCACAGUAAAAUUAUGUGACUCUGUUUCAUAUUCCCAUGAUUAUGCUGAUGUUUGAAAGAAACAGUUUUCUAACAUCACAUGUUCGGUAACUUGAAAACAAACUUGGCCAUUCACUUUUUUGAACUGUUUUCUGACUGUUGCCAAGAUUAAUUUGAUGAUCAUGACAUUACAGUCAUAAGAAAUGUCAGUGAUAAUUUGCUUCAAAACAAAUUUUACUGUCAUGUACAUACACAAAAAGAAAUGAAAAGAAAGAGUUGUCAAAAACGCUAUCAUAAUGGCAGACUGAAUUGCAUAAUUUAGCAAACACUUACUACGUAGUUCAUAUUUAAACCUCUUCUUUGUAUUUUCCCUUUUAAGCAAGUAGCCAAACAAAGCUAUCUCUACCACCAGACUUUGAUCUGCAAAGUCAUAUUGGUAAGUACGCUGCGAUCUUGACAAAUUUUCAAGUUAAAACUAACAAAAGAAAGCAUCCUUCACUUGCUAUAGACACUGCUUAAAGCAAGAUAUUAAAGACAGUCUGUUUGGUACAAUUCUGUAUCAAAAUAAAAUAUAUUACUAACUGAGUCACUGAGAUAUCUAAAAUAACAAAUCUGACAAUUAUCAUAAAUCAGACUGGCCACCUUUGCUUAAGAUUUUCCAUACUUGAAAGUGUUGUAGGUCAAAAUAAUAAAUAAAGUUGAGUUAAAAUUUUUAAAUUUAGGUUGAUUCUCAAUUAUUCCUUUGUCUCCCAACCCAAAUUAUUCAUGAAUUGAGUAAGGACACCAUGAAGUUUAACUUUGAUCAAUAAAAUGUGUAUGGGUAGUUUUUCAUCAACUAGGGAUUCAUCAAUUUGAGAUUGUCAGGAACCGAAAUGUUUUAAAAUAAUAUUAUCUUUCAUGCAUUUCAGAUCCUACGUAUUAUAACCAAGAUGGCCUUAAUGGUAGUAAAGAUAUGUCAAUGUCUUCACUAAGAAGAAAGUUGUUUUCUCAAGCAGGAACUUUAAAUCAAACAGAAAAAGCUCAGCUGGAACCAUCACCUAACAUCAAGUAACUAUGACACCUUACUACUGCAUACAAGUUUUUAUUGGCUUGUAGAGGGAACAAAAGGGUUUGCAGUGAUGCAGCUUGCAUUAUUAUUGUUAAUUAUGAUUGAUAAUUUGCACAGGUGUUCUUUGUCCUGAAAACAACGACAUAUUUUUCUACUUUUAGUCUGGUCCUGUCCCGAGACCUUAGACUUAAAGGACCUUUCUCAAUAUGGUGGGUGUUCCAAGCAGUGCAGGCGUUUGCAAAGUUCUGACCCUACUUGGAAUUCCAAUUUCCUUCUACCUUCUAGCCUGUGUAGCAAGCAUUUCCGUUUGGUUUCGGAGCAAAACAAGACCGAGGAACGGGAUUUUCUGUUUUGGCCGCAUGAGAAUUGAAACAAGAGCCAAAAAAUGAAAGAGUGGGGAGGGGAAGGAACGAAACCCUACCUCACCUUUCUUCUCCAACCCCUCCCUGCUCUUUUACUCAUGCCAUUUUUCUCAUUCUUUGUUCUUCACUCCAAAACUGAAUGGAAACGCUCAUUAUGCAGGCUAAUUUCUUUCAAGCGACCCUUGUAAAAUUGUGGUUUUACAAGACCAAGCAGUUAGCAGAUUUUAGAAAAUUUUGGUAAUUUUGGUUGCCGCAUUCAGCUUUUGACGUUUUUCGUGCAGUUUCUUCCUUUUUCUUCUUCAUUUUGCUGUUUUCAGAUCCCCCUUACACCCCCCUCCUUAAACCAAGUUAGCCAAUGGCCCAGUCAAUUCCAAGCGUACCCAUCCCUCCCGUCUUCAUUUUUUUUCUUUUUUGCCAUGUUUUGUGGUAAAUUUUUUGGCAGUACUAACCUGCAGUCAGGAGGUCAGUUUUUCUUCUGAAGGAGAAGGGGUCAAGCAUUUCCUUUCCUCCCUUUCCCAUCCAUUUACGGUUUUCCGAAGAAAAAAUGAAAAAUGACUAAACAUGCUUAGCGAGGGGUAUAAGCACUCUUGAGACAUAUUUGUAAUGGCAAGAGUAGAAAAUUAAUCCUAAUUAUUUUAAGUCAACGUGUAAAACUCUUCUCUUUUUCAGAUCCAUCCUCAAAAGUCCCAAAAGUCCUAUUUUGGUGAGUUUAAAACCUGAUAUAAUAUUUUUACUUUACAGAGAAGAGUACUCUAGUUAACUUAAUCACUUACUUAUUUAAAUAUUAGAUGACGAUUUCCUUCGAUUAAAAGAAGAAAUCAACUUUCUGACUUUUAACUUCCGGUUUGAACUUUACUUUAGAUAACGUCAAGCCCGGUGUCUGAACAGUCCACACUAAAGCACACCAAACACAGACACUCGACUACCAGUACUAUGUCAAGUCCGAAUAUCUCACCUAUCAAGCCAGUAAUUUCUGUCCCAGAGACACCUACCUCCGUUAGACGUCCUCGUUUAUCCAGGCACAGUGUUAGUCCCAUGGAGUGCUCAGUGAAUGUACUUGAAUCUUCUGGGAUUGAAGUUAUUGGGGACGCACUGCCGGAUCUGUCUCCAAUAAAAGGGCCUGAAGAAACAAGCAUUGGUCGAGUUCAGAAAAUGGACAUCGACAACGGUAAGUUUCGUAAUUUAAAGAAAAUUUUGGGUCCAAAUGUUGGCGUGCAUGCAUCGUUUGGGAGCACGUGGAGCAGUGGAGAAUCGCGUGCGCGGGAAUCAAUUUAUGUGUUGUGUAAUGAGCAUAUAGUGUCUUGGUGAAUAAGGGAGUCUGGGAAAGACAACAAUGUCACGCUUGAAUUCCACACAGAGUGAGGGCUCUUUUGAAAUUUGAAAUGGCGUCCUUGAUAUUAUUCUCUUUGCAAACAUUCCAAAUCGUCCUCAAGAGAAAUUGCUUUCUUUUCAGUGACUUUUAAAAACAUCGUAGAAACCUGGGCAUAUUUCAAGGAAAUAUUUUUAAAAGCAGUUUCACGAGGCUCAUGGUUAAGUACAUCGCGCAUUUAAAAUGUCGGAAAGUCUGAAAGUCGAGUCGCCACAUUCCGCAGGUAGAAAUUUUGAUUCUGUAAUUUACACUUUCGAGUUUGAUUUGACGAAAUUUAGUGUACACGUGAACUUCAGAUUUCCAAAUGUUGUUACCAACGGUCCAUUGACAAUACUGCAACAUACAUUGACCUGGUGAACUCCAGCGGGAGAUCAUCGGUAAUGAGGGUGAGAAGGGUGAACCCAGAAAUUGGGAGGCUGCAAUCUCUCUUUUUUAGAAGACCAAUCCUUUGGGAUGGCCUCUAUAACGAAACAAGGACUCAAGAUGAUGUAGCUAGAGUUAAGGUAGCCUUUCAUGUAAAGAAAUGCAAUCUGGAACAAAUUAGUUUUAUGAAGGGAACUUGUGUAAAUUUAAAUAUAAAUUUAGAUGAUUUCUUUUAUUAUUAAUUUUUAAUUUUUAACCUAUGAUGCUGUGAGGAUAAUGAUAAUUUUAGUAUUACUUAUAUAGUUGUAAUCAUCUGUUGUAUUGUAACUUUUAUUUGUGUUCAGUUGUAGAAAUUGUGUUAAUCGUAACCCAUGUAGUAUUGUAAAUUGUGUUUCUAAUGUAUUUGUCAUUUAAGGUCCACAUCAGCCUUUGGCUGCCAACUUUUGACCUUUCAAUAAAGUAUGUAUGUGUACUGUCGACUCCCGAUAACUUGAAUCUUCUAUGGAAAUUGAAAAAAUUCAAGUUAUCGGGGGUUCGAAGCAAAUGGUUGGAAAUAAGCAAAUGGAUGGGGAGGGAGUGAAGUUAUCGUACACGCUUCGCUUCAAGGGCAGCAAGAUAUAUAUCGAUAUUUUGAAUGAUAUAUAUAUAUAUUUUGAAAAAGGAAUUUAGCAACAAAUCUUGAUUAUAUACAGGUAUGGACACUCAAUUUGAGCUGGAGUGACAAAAAAGUAAAGACAAAGAAGACACGGUUAUUUUGAAAUACAAAAUAUUCAAUGUUUUGGACUUCAGUAUACUGUUUUUUUUUCCGAGGGUAGAGUUAUAUAGAAAUGUUCUGAAGGGAAACAAAAAUUACUUCAAGUUAGCGGCAGGUUCAAGUUUAUUCCAAGGGUAAAAUUACAGUAAAUGCAUGAGGAAAUACAGCAGAAAUUGACUUUGGUUGGAGUUAGCGUGACGUUUGAGUUAGCGAAGGUUCAAGUUAUCGGGAGUCGACUACAGCUAUAUGGUUGCUAGUCUCUGAGAACUUAUGAAUGAUUAAAAUUCAUACUUUCUUUUCCUGGUACAGAAGACAAUGUUAAUAACUCCCUUGAUGAUGGAGGUCCACUUGAAGUAUCAUCCCUGUCUGUGAAGGAUGAUAACAGAGAUGAAAAAGGGGAACAAGAGGCUGAUUAUGAUGAUGACAAUGACAAGGGUGAUGAUGGUGAUGAUGAUGAUUAUGAUGAUGAUGAAAUGCCACCGAAGAUCACUAUGGAAGACUUAGCUGAUGAUUUAGACUCAACCAAUGAAAGCAAUGCUAAUCAAAGUGCAGAUUCUCCUGGAAUGGAGUUUGUAGAGUUAACUCCAAGGGUAAAAUCAGAUUCUGAAAAAAUUGAAAGAGCUUCUGAUGACAAAAGGAAAGAAGAAAAAUUUGAUCAUCCUACUUCUACAAAGAAAGCAGAUGUAAAGAUGGAAGAUAAUGACUCACACAUCAGUGAUGAGCACAGUAAUAACACACACUAUAGAAAUGGAUAUUUAAGAUCAAAAAUAGAUACACUCAAUAGUUAUCAUGCACCAUCCACUUCCAGCCAAAGAAGCUGGCAAAUGAGAGACUACAGUACAACAGAAAGCCAUAAAUAUAGUCACCUCAAUGAACUUGACGAGGAUGUGAUCAUGAUGCGUGCAAAAGCUGCACUAAGAAGAGCCAAUAGAUAUUCACCACCAAUAGGCAAAAGGGGCUACUCCUUUGAUCCACAGAGUCUGUCACUCUCAGAUUUGAGUUUAAAUGCACCAUCUGCAUGGGAACCAGUCCGCAUGUCAACGCCUUUAGUUCCACAAACUUCUGCAUCCACAGACUAUAGAAACCAUUCAAAUCAUCACAGUCACUAUGGUUACAAAUCACUUAGUAGCUCUCAUCGGCAUGACUUUGCUGAUGCUAUGUAUUUUGAGGAAUCAGGACUUGGAAGGAGUGGUGGUGAAAUGGCAUCUCGUCGUCAUCACUAUUUUGGAAGGAAAUUGUCCCCUACUAUGGAAGAUAUAACUUGGCAAAGAAAACCUCAUGGAAGUGCAGAAGGUACAGUGUUUAUUCCUGUUUCAUUUUGCAUUGGCUACAGUUUGUAUUUAUAGAUGAAUUCAUCAUUCUUUAAUCUUAAUGCGAAACAAAGAACUCGUCCAAUCUUUGUCUCUUUUUCGAACUAAAGAACGCCGACAUGAUGUUUUGCAUCUGUUAUUUCUUGAAAAAUUAGGAGAAAAUAGCGAAAAAAAUACAGGGCAAUGUUUUUCUACUGCAUCAAAGGUCACAUACAAAAAUUCAGGCAAUUCUGGCUAGAAUAGAAAAAUUGACAUAAGGCGAUUAUUUAUUCAGCUCUUUUUUGUUGAAAGGUUUAGAAGCUUCUGUUUCAUAUAGCAUCUUUCUGUUCAGAUUAUUAAAGAAUGGGUCAUCAUAAUCCUCCUUUCUUGUACACUUUGAUGACCACCCUAGCCUACAUUGCAGAUGUAAUCUAACUUUAGUUAGUAAUAUCUGCGAAGCAGCACUGAUAUCUCAGGUUUGAGCCCCCAACAGACUCAAUGAACUACCAGAAGUGCGUUUUAAGUUUCCCUUCAACCUGAUUGGCAAAUAGACAAGUGCAUCUUCAACAGGCCAAUCAUGGCACGUACUCAAAUCCUGGUACACAGCUGGGGGCCCAGGAAAAGGAUUUUUUUUCACAGACAGAUCUAACCAGAAGUUUAGUUCCAUCUGUGACAAAGCAAUGACCACCAUUAAUACCUUUAUUUGUUUUUACAGGGAAGUAUCCAUUUUCUCAUCCUUGGAGGAAGCCAAGUUCCCCUUUGUAUGACAGUGGCUGGAAGUUCUCUCAAACUCAUCCCAUGAGUUAUGUAGAAUGGAAGGCUCUCUACUGGAGGCCUUCAAAGGAGCCUGUACUGUGGAGAAAUAACCACACUCAUCAUCACACAGACCCAUACUCUUAUGAGCCAAACUUCAAAAGGUAUGUAAUUUUUAGACCCAAGUGACAAUCUUAUUGUUAAUACCCAACAGCCAUUUGGGUGAGGAAAUAAAGGCCAGGGGUGCACAGAAAACAGCCCCAAGUGACCUUUGAUUAGCUGAGAGAUUCACUUAUCCAAAUUUUCUGAUAAGUAGGCAUAUUAAGUGGGUAAAUUUUAGAGAAAACAUAUGAGCUUUUCAUCGGACAAACAAAACUGUGGACAUUAUACAUGGUUGUCCGUAGGGUGGGUUCCUAUAACUUUCAUAUUUUAAUAUAACUAUAGAUCAUCAUUUGUUUAAAAUUUUCUUACAGGGUGUCCUGGCCACCAAGACCUCUCUCAUCAAAGCUUACCUAUGGUUCACGACCACUGUCUCCCCCUGUGGCUUUCCCACCAGCAAAGGUUCCCAGGUCGGUUUCAGGGGGGUAUGCAUCAAAGAUUGCUUUACCCUCCUAUCAAAACAGCAGUGAUAGUGGGUAUUCAGAUUGGCAAUGGAGUGCUAGCCGAUGGGAAAACACAGGAAGAAGUCAGUACAGUUCUCUAGGAUAUGACUUCAGAUUCUACUAGAGAUCAAGCUUCCUCAUCUUAGAAGGAUUUCUUCAUUCAUCUUCAUUGUGAUAAGAGAGAAAAGUUAUCUCUAACACUGGAAGAGGAUUCUUGAUAAAUCAUAGCCCUAGACCGGUGGGGCUACUCCCUACUUAAAGGGGCAGGAUACUUGCCUUUUAUGAUAUAAACACCAAUGAAAUAGCAGUUGAGC